UCAAUAUCAAAUAUCAUACAACAUAGCCUCGAGUGUCAACUUUCAAUUAAUGUUUCAAAAUAAAAUUAAUGCUAAAAUAUGAGUAAAUUUUAUGUGAAUUCGCUUGAAAAUUGCGAACUGGGAAACAUUCCUCCCACUGAUUUUAGUGGUCAACCUUUGCAUAGGCAUCAACUAUGCGUGUCGAAGGCCGCUUUACUGCGUGGCAUUGUGAUUUUAGUGCUGUUUAACCUUUGUUUGGUCGCUUUCGUUUAUCUUUUGCACUUUUACGUCAACACUUUGCCUGAGGAUCAACGUAAUAAUGUCAACACCGUCUUCUGCAGCGUUGGAGCUCUUUUGUUAUGCAUUACUUUAAUCAAACUUGGAGACUUUUCUAAGAACAAUCCAAACUUUUACUACAUUUAGGCCAAGCAGACGUUGGCUUCAUGUUUUGGUUUCAAUAAAUUAUGCAAUUAAUAAAUAAAAUAAA